AUGAGAGCUGUCCACUACUGUCCGCUGCUCCUGCUUUCCCUGGUCCUGCUAGCAACCAACAGUGAGGCUCUGCGAUGUUAUACCUGUAUGGGCUCCAAUAAUGAAGACUGCAACCGACAAGGUUCCAAAGCCUGUCCCAGCUACUCUGAUGCCUGCGCUGUGGUGGUGGGCCAUGACAGUGGGGUGAUGAAGUCAUGCUCCUACAAGUCUUUCUGCAGUCAGGCCAACAGCCAGGGCUACAGGGCACCAGGUGUCAGAGUUCACUGCUGCUACAGUGACGACUGCAAUGUGACAAGCUUCGCCUCCCAGCUGCCAGGACUCAGCUAUCUGCUGCUGUUUCUGCCUCUGCUCCUCCACUGCUUGUUCAAGUAG